GAUUCCAAUCGAAAUCGAAAGUUCAUUCACCAGUCGUGGCCUAAAACGACAUGGGAGAGAACAGGUGAAUUGGAAUUUUGUCACCACUGAUUCACAAAUGCUUAGAAGUAGUAAGACUUUAGGUAAGUUCGUUUAUUUAGAAGCAGUGAAUUUGCAAAUAUCUACCGAGAAACCAUUUUAUAUUGGACUACAAGGCCUUGGUUUCAGACGUUUCACUGCGCUGUUUUCUUCUACUUCUUUUGCAAAACCCAUAACAAGAGAUUGUCUUUUCCUAAACCAAGACGUUUUUGCUGCAAGUUCUGUCAAGGAUUUUCCUUGUCGGUCAGUUGUAUUUGGUGGAUAUUUAAACAGGGCUCAUGGAACUCUUUUAAUGAAAGUAAGCUCGAGAAUGGCUCACAAUUUACCAAACCGACAUGUGUCUGAUCUUGCCACACUAAACCUUUCUGCUCAUAAAAUCUUCAGAGAGUUGCUAACUGAAGAGCUUUUAACACUUGUUAAAGCCUUUUUGAGCAAAAAACAUGAAGUGCGAAUCGUUGGCGGUGCAGUCAGAGAUAUCUUACUUUCAAGGCAUUUACCUAAAGACAUUGACCUUGCUACAACAGCUACCCCAGACGAAAUGAUAAAAGUGUUUAUGGAAAACGAAAUUCGAUAUAUAGAGACAGGGCUGCAACAUGGCACUUUAACUGCUCAUAUGAAUGGGCAUAACUUUGAGAUUACAACUCUGCGAAUAGACACUAAUCACGAUGGCAGAAGAGCUGUUGUUGAAUUCACAAAUGACUGGAAACUAGAUGCUGAGCGAAGGGAUUUAACAAUCAAUGCAAUGAGCAUAGAUUUUGAUGGAAAUUUGUAUGAUUAUUUUGGUGGUGUUGAGGACUUAAAAGCAAAGCAUGUAAGGUUUGUUGGAGAUCCAGAAAAAAGGAUCAGAGAAGAUUAUCUGCGGAUCUUGAGAUAUUUUCGCUUCUAUGGAAGAAUUUCAGAAACAGAAGAUGACCAUGUGAAAAGUACAUUAGAAGUUAUAAAAAAAUGUUCAAGUGGAUUAAAGAAUGUUGCCGUGGAAAGAGUUUGGACUGAAUUAUCAAGGAUUGUUACUGCUCAUUUUGCUCCAAGUUUGCUGAAGAUAAUGUAUGAGUUAGGAGUGGCUGAAAAUAUAGGUCUUCCACCAUGCACUCAAAAGCAUUUAGAAGAGUUUGAAUAUGUAUGGAACCAUGGACAUGCACACAGACUGGAGCCAGUAACCAUUUUGAUGACCCUUGUUGAUACAGUUGAUGAAGCAGAGCGGGUAGCAAGAUCUCUGAAGCUUUCAUCGGCAGAAAGAAAUCUAGGCAAAUUUAUUGUGACACACAGAAUGAUACACAACAAUGAGGAUAUUAAGAAGCCCUACAAAGAUAUUCUUGCUUCUUGUACCAAUAUCAAAGCCAUUGCUGUUCUUUAUAAGCAUGUGAAUCAACUUUUGCUGUACCAAGGUAUGGAAGAUCUUGCUGAUGAAAUCUCAAACUGGAAACCACCAGAAUUUCCAAUAACUGGGAAUGACAUAAAAAAUGCUGGUGUCAAACCUGGCCCUGCAUUGGGCCGUGUUCUACAUGAGCUCAGAAAUAUUUGGAUGGAAAGUUAUUACGAACUUAACAAAGAUGAAUUGCUAGAGAAAGUAGAACACAUUAAGACAAAACUCCACUGAAUUUAUGAAAUGUUAUGCAUUACUCUUCAGAUGAUAUAUUUUAGGUUUGCAUAUUCACCUCUACCAUUAUGCAAUUAGUUUCACUUUUAGAUAACUGUUCUUCUAGUAACAAAUCUAAUAGAUUGAUUGUGUUUUAAAGAAUCAAAACAAUUGUGGGGCCAUUUUAUACUGGCUUGUGGCAUUAUAUUUGUUUUCAAUUUUGUUUGAGUUUGUUACAAUUCAUAAAUAUUUGUGUUUCAUAGCUAUGUGACUCUGUCCAAGAAGAAGCCAUAAGAGAAUUAGCUUAAAACCAUUUUAGAGAUGAGUUUUAAUGUAUUAGUUUAAAAAUUUUGGCAGAAGGUAUAUUGUUUGUUGUUUUGUUGUAAAAGAUAAAAUUGUUUUAGUCCUCUGUGAUGAUAAGAGAAAUUCAAAUUUGUUUGCAUUUUUCAUUUUAUGAUGUUGUAUUAGAACUAGCAACUUAUUCCUUUGAAGUAGAAAAAAAUUAUUCCCUACAAAUGGGUCACAUUUAGUUUCAGGUAUCAGUAUAGCUAAUGGUAGGCACAGUGUGAGGUUGAAGAUAAUGAGGCUUUUUUGUUAAACAAAAAUAAAUUGUGUAUGCCAGGUAUGUUAUUUGAAAGUAAUAGUUGAAGCAGCCACAUCAGUGUAAAGCUGUACCAUAUUUGGUUGUCAAAGAUUGGGGGUAAUCACCAAGUAAGUACUCCAACUGAAAAGCAGUGGAGGAAAUGUUGGUUUUGGGUUAUCAGAGUAUUUGUUAGCAUAUAGAGACUGAUCAAUGGGAGCAUCAAAAUGGGGGUUAGGUUAGGUAGGGUAAAAUGUUCAGGGCCUGUGCUUCUAUGUGGCCUGUUAGAAUCUUACACCAUGGUACUAUCAGAUUGUUUCAAGAUAUAUUUUUUGGAACACAAAAAGCUACUACUUUCAGCUACUUCCAUAAAAUGAACUCCUGAUAGUUUUUCAAAGAGAACAACAGUAUCCACAUGUCCUUGAUUCAUGGAUACAAUUUUUUGUACAAUCUUGUUGCAAAGCAUUAAAAAAAUCUUUGAAAAUGGCAACUAAAAAGGGUGUCUCCCUAGUUCUCUGGGGGACGGAAGUGCAUGGCCAAAGAUAAUUAUCUUUAAGGGGGGCCCAGAAUUUGAGUCACUCUUGGGCCCAUGUUGGCUCUUGACAGCCAUGCUGACCUGUAAACUUAAUGAUUUAAUAGUAAACUUAAGUAAACUACUUGUACUAGAUGUGAGUUAUCAAUGAUAACUUGAUCAAACAUAUAUUUUGAAGGUUUCUUUAUAUGUUCAUGAAAAAGGUGUGGUUCCAAAUGAAAAAAUCCUAAUGGCUAAGUUUCUACAGGAAAAGGAAUGUAUCAGAGCUUCAUAAAUGUAGAAUGAACAAAUAGAAAAUCAAUAUCUGUACUUUGUUUGCUUUUUAUGUAAAAACAGUCAGAUUUUUCCCACUAAAUGGAACACCAUAUAUUUUUUUGGUGAAAAAUGUAUGUUUAUUUGAUAAUUUUUCUCUAAAACUCUUGAACCGAUGCCUGGUUUAUUCUCACAGCAUUCAUAACUCUAACUUUUUGCGAAGCUAUAUGACCAUGGUAGAAGUCUAGGCUUCAUUUUAAUUUGUUACAAGCUCAGAAACCAAUUUGCAGCCGAAUAUGCCUAUGAUGAUGGACAUGUGAGUAGUUUUACCACAGCUUUACCAUUUUAUGGUAUUACUAGGAAACAGGGUUAAUCUCCGGGAGGGUCAGGGCAACUUCAAUAGGCAGAGGACAGGGGUGUGUCAUUUUGAAGUAUAAAAAAACAUACAGCAAACUUGUAAAUUUUCCAAAAUCACACUCCUAUGUUUAGAUAAAAUAUGAAAUGCAUACCCUUAAAUUUAAUUCAAAGUUGGAAAACUUGUUCAAGUAAAUAAAAACAUAUCACCUAAAAGAAAAACGAUACGCCAAAAUUUACGGUCAUGCUAAAAAUCAACCCGAAAAUUUAUGACCAUGUUUGGCUUUUCUAAAAUCAAUACCCUAAAUUUAUUUUCUUAACAAAUGGUACCUCGAAAAAGGUACACCCCGUACCAGUGUAUGUUGAAGCUGCAUUCAUAAAUAAUGCUAACUUCGACCAAUACUUCUGGUUUUCCUUUUAAGCUAUGGGAACAUUUAUGUACGUCUAAAAAUUGUACAAUCCAAGACGAUUAUUUGUAUAGCAUUAUUUCUGAAUGUAAAUUCGAUUUCGAAUUCAGAGUAACCUGUACUUGAAAAUUCCCAGUUUUUUAGAAUUGCCAAAGUUCGCUUUCUUAACAAUAUUUUAAUGUUAAUUCCAUUCAAGGAUAAUGCUUACAUGAAAGUGAAACGGUACAACCACCGAAUUUUUGUAAAUUUACUUAGUUUUGAGUUGUUAUUUACAAUUCCCUUUUUUGUUUGCCAUUAGAUACUUGAAGUAUUUUUAGAAAUACUAGUUUUCCA